GCUCUGCUAAGAAAAACAGAGGCUGAGGUUCAGCAGAUGAUUCAAGAACGACUUCAGAAGGUGGAGGACAUCAAACACUGUAUUGAACUGAAUAAACACAGUGCUCUUAGAGAGAUUGAGGACAGUGUGCAGGUGUUCUCAAACUUGGUCCGAAAGGUUCAAAAAGCCCAAGCGGAGCUGGUUAUCGCCAUAGAAGAGAAACAGAGGAAAACAGCACAAUGGGCUCAGGGACUUAUCGAGGAACUAGAACGGGAGAUUGUCCAGUUGAAGAAGAGGAACAGUGAGAUAGAUCAUCUUGCUCGCACCGAUGACCACAUUUACUUUCUUCAGAAACUUCCAUCUCUAAUCACUCAUCCACAAACUAAAGACUGGUCUGAGGCCCAUGUGCCCACAAAUCAGUGCUUGGGUACAAUUAGGAGAGCUGUUUCCAAGCUGGAGGAAAGCCUGGCAGAAGAGAUAGAAAAACUUGCAGAGAGUGAGCUGAAGACUGCUCAGAAGUACUCAAUGGACGUGACCCUUGAUCCGGACACAGCCAAUCCUUGGUUGCAACUGUCUGAGGAUAGAAGACAGUUGCGCCACCUUGGGGCAUGGCAAGACCUUCCUGACACACCAGAUCGCUUUAACACAGUGGUCAUCACCCUGGGUUGUGAAGGCUUCACUUCUGGUCGCCAUUACUGGGAGGUCCAAGUGGGUGAAAAGGAUGACUGGUACCUCGGUGUGGCCAAAGAGUCUGUCAACAGGAAAGGGCGCAUUGCAAUAAGCACUUCUCAUGGCUAUUGGGCAUUGGCUAUGAAGAAAGGGCAAGAGUACAGAGUCUCCUCAUCACCACCUAUUAUUCUUCCUGUCAACCCCAAGCUGAAGAGAGUGGGUGUGUAUGUGGACUUUGAAGAAGGACAUCUGUCAUUUUAUGAUACAAUAUCAAGAAGUCACAUCUAUACCUUCGUGGACUCGUUCCAGGAGAAACUUUACCCGUUCUUUUAUCUUUACUGCUGUGAUAAAGCCUCAGACAUAUUGAGCAUCUGUCCAGUGAUGGAUAUAACACAUAACAAACAGUGCUGAAAACUAAGUCUAAAACUAAAUUUGGAUUUUUUUAAACGAUUGUCUUUUUUUGUGUUAUGAAACAGUGUACAUGAUAUUUUGGUGCUUUAAAGUGACAUCUAGUGGCUGAAAUGUAGUGUCAAUAUCAACCCUGCUUUUAUGCAGAUGGAAUUGCUGUGCUUCGAAGUGUCAUUGAGUAACUGACAUGGCUGUUGGUAUCAGGUUUUAAAUAUUAUACUAAUAAAAUGUCUUAAAU